UCUUCAGGAGGUUGCGAAAUGAUUGUGAGAGCUUGCCGAGAAAUAGCAGUAUAUAGUUUUGACUGAGGCGGAAUCGAGGUCUCAGCAAUUAACUUUGGACAGCUUGUAUCUGAUGCAUAUUUAUCCCACGAUUCCGAACAAAAAGAGUCUAUUUCUGUGUGCAUGGUUAGCAGCCCUCAUGAGAUUUGCCAGUAUGGCAGUUCGCAUUCGCCGGACCGCUGAACAAGCCGAGCCGGAACCAAAGCCGGAACCGGAACCAGAACCAAAACCCAAACUCCAUUCAGCUUCCCAGGCUCCUCCCAUGACCCCUCCCACACACCACAACUAUGACAACAUGAAGAGCAAGUUCAUGAAUGAACUGGAGCACCUGCCACUCCCUAUGUGGGCGGUGGGGGCCAUCGUGGUGGUACUCCUGGCCCUUGUGGUCUGCUUCUUGUUCUGCGCCUUCAAGAAGUGUUUCGGCAAAAAGAGGAAGUCCAAGAAAGCCAGGGAGCGCAAGGGUUUAGCACGCCACCGCAAGAACGGAGAGGAAGGGGAGUUGGAGGGAGUGUCGAAGCAAGAAGAAAGUGAGACCAAGGAAGGAGAGGAGGAGAAAGAAGAACACGAACACCUGGGAAGACUGGAGUUUGCUCUGGACUACGACUUCACUGAAGCUCAGCUGAUAGUAAGCGUGCUGAAGGCUCAGGACCUGGCUGCUAUGGACAUCGGUGGCACCUCUGACCCAUAUGUGAAGGUCUACUUGCUUCCAGACAAGAAGAAGAAGUUCGAGACCAAAGUCCAGCGCAAAAACCUUUGCCCUGUGUUCAACGAGACCUUCACCUUUAAGAUCCCCUAUGCCGAAUUGGGUGGUAAGACCCUGGUUCUUCAAGUCUUUGACUUUGACCGUUUUGGUAAACAUGACGUGAUUGGCCAGAUAAAGAUCCCUAUGAGUAGUGUGGAUCUAGGGCAGCCCCUGCACCAGUGGAGAGACCUGGAGAAUGCAGAGAAGGAAGAGCAAGAGAAGUUGGGUGAUAUCUGUAUCUCUCUGCGUUAUGUUCCCACUGCUGGUAAACUUACUGUCAACAUUAUGGAGGCCAAAAACCUAAAAAAGAUGGAUGUGGGUGGUUUAUCAGAUCCUUUUGUGAAGAUUGUGUUGCUGCAUAAUGGCAAGCGCCUGAAGAAGAAAAGAACGACGGUUAAGAAAAAUACGCUGAAUCCAUAUUUCAAUGAGAGCUUCAGUUUUGAGAUCCCAUUCGAACAGAUACAGAAAGUCCAGCUCCUCAUCACUGUUUAUGAUUAUGACAAACUGGGGAGUAACGACCCCAUUGGCAAGACCUUCAUUGGCUACAGAGCAACUGGUGUUGGCCUACGUCAUUGGUCAGACAUGCUGGCCAAUCCGAGGCGUCCUGUGGCCCAGUGGCACACCCUCCAGCCUGAGGAGGAAGUGGAAGCUGUCCUCAAUGCACCCCAUCACUAAAAAUAACCAUCACUAUGUAAACCAGCAAAUAGUAAUUGUGUCUUGACCCAUAGCUUGCUUAUCAACCCUAACAUUCAGCCCAGCAUGUGGCCAGUGGUGAAUAUUUGUUAAUAUCCUGAGGUAUAAAGCUAUAAAUCUCAAUUAUACUGGCUAAUGACACACUAUGAUAUUAAACUUCGGUCAUCUAAUUUCUCCCUUUUUAGAAUAAAAAAAAAAACCCAUUGGUAUUUCUUCCACUCUUGAAGCUCUACAUUUAUGUGAGUUUUUCUGUUAUGUAUUGGUUGUAUUGAGUUGUUUUAUAUGACAGUAAAGUGUGAUGUCAGUUAAUUUUUUGUCAUGAUGACAUUCCGUGUGUACGUCAGACGCUGACCCUGUGUGGUGUUCUAAAUGAUUAAUUGAAGCUGUAGAUGUCUUAAAGAUGUAACAGAUGGAUCGCUGGAAAUUUUCUUAGUUUAGUGUCUAUAGAAGUGACAGUUCAUAGCCAACCAUCCUAGAUUUGUUUUCUUCAAAGUGGAUGCUAUGUGCUGAAUCAGUGUAUACUAAAACAAUAAAUAUUUAGAUUGAAAGUGCAACUAAAAGCUCUGUAUUCAAAACUGACUAUAUUUGAUUUUGUAAAAAAAUAUUUGGUUUAUAAAAGCUCAUAAAUUAUCUCACAGAGCUCCCAAAUUUAUGCUCUUCUGUUUGAAUGCCUUUAUUGUUAACUAGAGUGUUAACAUGGUGAAAUGCCUACAAUAAUCUCUCGAAACACUAUUGAUCAAAAACUAGAAAGUGACAUCUUGGUUUCUCUUUUAAUAUUCUCUAGUUUUUAGUUUAUUUUGUGUGUGUGUCUGCAUGCUGCAUGAAAGAUACAAAUAAAGCAAUUCAAUUCA